UCUCACUUCCCUCAACAACAACAUAAUGAUUUUGAGACAAGGAGUUCUGCCUCUGGGCCUCCUAUUGCUACUCACUCCUCAAGUCUCAGCAUCGUAUGGCGAUCGCCUUCCGGAAUUCCGACAUUGUGUAGAUGUCUGCAAGCAAGAGAACUGCGCCAGCGGCCAUGCAACUGCGAUCCCUCUCCUCCAUCGAGCCCUCCUCUGGGACUGUCCUGCAGAAUGCGAUUACACCUGCCAGCACAUAAUCACGGACCAACGCGUCGCAGCUUCUGAGCCCAUCGUCCAAUUCCACGGAAAAUGGCCCUUCUACCGCUUCAUGGGCAUGCAAGAACCAUUCUCCGUCUUCUUCUCCCUCCUGAACUUCCUCGCACACCAAAACGGCCUCUCGAAAAUCACAUCCAGCAUACCCGCUUCUUACCCUCUGCGAAAAUACUACGUAAUGCUGGCAUAUUUUGGGAUGGCAAGCUGGGUCUUCAGCAUGAUCUUUCAUACGAGGGAUUUUAGGGUUACAGAGCAAUUGGACUAUUUUGCUGCGGGAGCGAGUGUGCUGUAUGGGUUGUACUACACGCCCAUCCGAGUCUUUCGGAUGGACCAGGGAGGGGCGAGGAGGAAAUCGGUUCUGCGCGCCUGGACGGGAUUAUGUAUCGGGAUGUUCGCAGCACAUGUCACCUACCUGAAGUGGUACGCCUGGGACUAUGGCUACAAUAUGGCUGCGAACGUCGUGGCAGGCGUGGUACAGAAUGCGAUGUGGAGUUGGUUCAGUUAUCAAAAAUAUCAAAAGUCUGGGAGAGCAUGGGCGACCUGGCCUGGAUUGGUGGUCGCAUGGAUUUUGGUUGCGAUGAGUUUGGAGCUGCUGGAUUUCCCGCCUUGGUGGGGAUGUUUGGAUGCCCAUAGCUUGUGGCAUCUAGGGACUGUGGCCCCAACGAUGAUAUUUUAUAAUUUCCUGCUCAAAGAUGCGCAAGACGAUAUGGCGGGACAGAGGCUGAAGGCUUGAGUUGUCCGACACAGAGGACACAAAAAACAUAAUGUUAAUGGUCGACACGGAUAUCAAUAUGGUGAUAAACAUCGAAGACAUCGUUCACAAUACCCUCUCAUCCCCUAAUGCUAAUUGAAGCGAUUCGAAU